AUGUCCGCUCUUCAGGCUGUCAGAUACACUAGAGGAAAGCUUCAAGUCCUCGACCAGCUUCGCCUCCCCCAUGAAUUUCACUACGACGAUGUGUCUACCCGGCAGGAAGCCUUCGACAGCAUUGCCACGAUGCGAGUCCGGGGCGCUCCAGCCAUUGCCAUAGUUGCUAGUUUAGGGCUUGCCGUCGAAUUUUCCAAGGGCUCUGUGCCGGGAAACACACCGCAGGAGGUUAUUUCUCACAUUGACGAAGCCCUCGAUUAUCUCAAGCAAAGUCGUCCCACCGCCGUCGAUCUCACCAACGCCAUCAACCAGCUCAAGGCGCGGAUAAGGGCGUCGGCCGACACCAAGGAAUCCAUUGUCGAGGCUUUCGUUACCGAAGCUGAACAGAUUCUCGACAAAGAUCUCAAAACAAACCUAGCCAUUGGAGACCACGGCGCUGAGUGGCUCGAGGCACACGUCAAGGCAUCGCCCGAAAACCCUGUUUCAGUCCUCACCCACUGCAACACUGGCUCGCUGGCUACUUCUGGUCACGGCACAGCUUUAGGAAUCAUUCGCACGCUCCGGGCUAACGGACAACUCCGACACGCGUUUUGCACAGAAACACGACCGUACAACCAGGGCAGUCGCCUAACUGCAUUCGAGCUGGUUUACGAAGGCAUUCCCAGCACGCUCAUCACCGACUCCAUGGCGGCGUCGCUUUUCCGUACCAAGAAGGCUGAGAAGAACAUUGCUGCCGUCAUUGUUGGCGCUGACCGUGUAGUUCGCAACGGCGACACCGCCAACAAGAUUGGUACUUAUCAGCUUGCGGUGCUGGCUAAACACCACGGCAUCAAGUUCAUGGUUGCGGCUCCGACUACCAGCAUUGAUCUGGAGACCGAAACCGGCGACGAUAUCAAGAUUGAAGAGCGAAAAGGACAUGAGUUGACCCAAGUCACAGGUGCUGUAAUCAAGGCCGAUGGCAGCGUCGACGAGAGCUGCAAGGUCCGAGUAGCAACGGCCGACCAGAGAAUCGACGUCUGGAACCCGGCAUUUGACGUGACUCCCGCCGAGUUAAUUGAUGCAGUUGUUACGGAAAGGGGCACAGUUGAGAAGGGACCGUGUGGCGAAUUCGACUUUGGCAAGAUAAUGCCGGAGCGAUGGGCCAAGGUGGUUGUUGAUCAGUAA